CCCGCUGGGGUUCCGCACUGGGCGUUUCCUGAGUCUGAGGGUUGCUGCGGCGGGUAGCCGCACUCGAAAAGGUAUAUACUCGCUGGCCUUCGGGAUGCUCGCUGUCUUCCGGAAGAUGACGGCUUCUUGCGUGACUCGAACGAUACCUCCCCGCCGCCGCGAGAGUCCCUUUUCUUCUUGGAGCUUCGUUGGGAUCCUUUUGGUGGCCCCAAUGCUCCUGUUACCCUCAACCACCGAUGCCUGUGAUGCCCCACCGAGAUUCAACACUAUGAAAAUCAAGGGUAAUCCUCCAACCUCUUAUAAUCCUGGGGACAAAGUAGAAUAUGAAUGUCGCCUAGGAUUCAGGAUUAUUGUUCCUCCUCUUCCCACCUCGACUGUUUGUCAGGCUGAUAACACGUGGACACCAACUCUCCAGGAGGCUUGUACAAGAAAAUCAUGUCCACAACCACCAGAUCCCAUAAAUGGACAAAAAGAGGGAUCUUUUGAGUAUGGUUCAGAGCUUCGCUUUUCUUGUAAUGAGGGUUAUUACUUACUUGGAAGCCCAGUUCUACGUUGUGAAAUUUCUUCUGGGAAUACCGUGGCUUGGAAUGAUGAGCCCCCACGUUGUGAAAAGAUUUUGUGUCAACCACCUAAACAAAUAGCAAAUGGAACAUACUCCAAUAGCCACAAGGAUACCUUUGAAUAUAGUGAAGUAGUCACUUAUAGUUGUAAUCCUUCAAGUGGACCAGAUAAAUAUUCACUUAUUGGAGAGAGCAAACUGAUUUGUAUCGGGCAAAACAAAUGGAGUAGUGACCCUCCUGAGUGUAAAGUGGUCAGAUGUCCAUAUCUAACACUGACGAAUGGAGUACUGGUGUCAGGAUUUGCAAACAAAUAUUACUACAAAGCAGAGGUUGAACUUGCUUGCAAUCAGGGCUUUUCCCUUGAAGGCAGCCGCACAAUUGUCUGUGGAGCUAAUGGAACUUGGGAGCCUGCGAUUCCAAAAUGUGUUCCAGUGUUGGCUCCUCCCAGUACCAAACCUCCGAUUUUGAGUACUUCAGGUUUAACAUCUACUUCUUUCAGCACAAAACCUCCAACUUCCAGUGUCCCAGGUGUCAAGCCUAUUCAUCCAACAGAAUCUGCAGUUCCAAAUAGUCCAGGGCAUCCCACUCCCACUGGUGAACCACCGUCUACAGCAUUAGGUGCCGGAAUGAUCAUCCUGAUUGUUAUCUGUGUUUUAGGUGGUUGCAGCUUAGUAAUUUUCAUCAUUUUCGUGUUCCUUAAGAAGAAGAAGAAAGGCACCUACCUAACUGGUGAGAGCCACAAAGAAGUAAAAUUUAUUUCUCUCUGAGAAGAAGAGAUGAGAGAGAGGUUUGCUUUUAUCAUUAAAAGGAAAUCAGAAGUUUCUGCUUCAUACAGCACUUGCCAGAACAUAUUACAGACUCCGGCAGAGCCAACCCUAUGAAUGGUUCCAAAAACUGGUGUAAACUUUUUGCUCUGAUAAACGUUGAGAUCCACAGUAAAUUCAUAUGGCUACUGUGCAAAACAGUAUGUUAGUUCCUCAAAAAUUAAAAAUAGAGUUACCUAUGACCCAGCAGUUCCACUUAAGGAUAUAUAUUUGAAUGAAGUGAAGUUACUAUGAGGAAGAGAUGUCUGCCCCUCCUGGUUCGCUGCAGCAUUAUUUACAACAGCCAAGACAUGGAAACCUUCUAAAUGUCCAUCGAGGGAUCAGUGGAUAAAGAAAAUGUAUACGCGUACAGUGAAAUACUAUUAUCAUUGAAAAGGAGAUCUCGACAUUUGCAACAACAUGGAUUCAGGGCAUUUUGCUAAGUGACAAAUACCUUGUGAUCUU